AUAGCUAUGUACUAGGUAUAAUGUGUUGUUAGCUAUAGCUGAGAUGCUAUGGAUUGUGACUCACCUUUUUCUAUAUGUUUUUGUUAGAUUAGGAUCACAUUAAUAUUAGACAUUUAGGUUUUAGAUUGUUCCUCUCAUUCCUAUUGUAGCUUUAAUUUAUAGAUAUGUAUAUAUGUGUGUGUUUAUAUAUAUGUGUAUAGUUUUGUUUGUUGAAGUGAUUUGUUAGUAUCCUUUCAUACAAAAAAAUGACUCAAGUGCCAUCUUGAAGAUUCCUUAAUCCAUGGUGGUGUAUUUAUCUUCUAUUAUUUUUUGUGGGAGAAGUCAAGUUUAAAUGUCUCAGUUAUAUGCUUCUGCAAGAUUAUAUAUAAAAGAAUUUUUAAAAAGAAAACGAAGUCAAAGAUCUCAACACUCACAUGCUUCGGGAAAUAUUGUUGGCGCAUUACGUAGCAUUACGUCCACAAAUAUUAUAGGUGUUGAUCGAGAUGCUAGCGGUCUAACACAAAAUUUAUUAGCUUCAUAUGAAUCAGUUAUAUAUGAUCCUUCCAUAAAUUCGUGUAAUCCAUUUGGUUCUCUGAUUGAUCAUCCUCUUUUCUUGCAAAGUGAGCUCCAAGGCUGUCUUGAUAUUGGUGAUGUCGAUUACACUUGUUCAUUUUGUGAGGCAAACUUUUGGUUGUUAGAGCGUGUUGAAAAAUAUUCAACAGUAAAUCAACCAGUAUUUACACUUUGUUGCUCGAAAGGAAAAGUUCAAUUAUCCUAUUUGCAAAGGCCUCCAGAAUUAUUGUGUAACCUCAUAGAUGGUCGUGAUAAUAAGUCUUUGCAUUUUAAAAAAAAUAUCAGAUCGUACAAUAGUAUGUUUGCAUUCACUCUCAACACGUUCUUCUGUUUUGAGAUCUGGAUAGGAGCUAAUUUUGGUGAUCAUCCUGUUUAUUAA